AUGAGUUCAGACUACUCGUAUGACGAGCAGGGCCAGUUCUUCCCCUUCUUCAUCCUCACCCUCACCGGCCUCGUCACCGUCCCCCUGACCUACACCCUCGUCCGCCCCAGUCGCGACCAAGAUGCGCUUGCGCCGCGGAUCAAGACCGACUACAAGACGGAGCACUCGGCCACCGUCGAGUCGCUGAGGACGACCCAGAAGCGCAAGCAGUGGAGGGUCAAGCGGGCCAUCUUUGUCGUGAUCGGAUGGGCCCUCAUGGGCGGCAUGGUGUACCUCAUCAUGGUGACCCAGCGCACUGUUCCCAAGCUCUACAACCCCUACGAUAUCCUUGGAAUUUCUGAGUCCCUCAACGAGAAGCAGAUCAAGUCGCACUACAAGCGCCUGUCCCUCAAGUACCAUCCCGACAAGAUUCGCCCCGACCCUGCCAAGAACGAGACCGUCGAGUCGCUCAACGAUUACUAUGUCGAACUCACCAAGGCCUACCAGGCCCUCACAGACGAGGAGGUGCGCAACAACUACAUCCAGUACGGCCACCCCGACGGCAAGCAGAGCUUCAGCAUGGGCAUUGCCCUCCCCAAGUUUAUCGUCUCGGACGGCAACGGCAAGUAUGUCGUUCUCCUGUACACCCUGCUCCUCGGGGUCCUUCUCCCCUGGCUCGUCGGAUCGUGGUGGUACGGUACCAAGCGGAGGUCCAAGGAAGGUGUCCUGAUGGAGAGCGCCAACAACCUGUUUCGACACUACGAGGAGAACAUCGACCAGGGUGGAAUCAUCACGGCACUGAGCACUGGCAAGGAGUUUGAGGAGACUCUGAAGGGCGACAAGGCCGAGUCUGGUCUGUCCAAGAUUGAGUCUAGGAUCACGGCCGAGGGCGAACACAAGCCCUAUGCUUCUGGUAUGACUGCCAAGGACAAGGACAAGCUUGAGGAUCUCGAUAACGGCGUGCGACGCAAGGCUCUUGCUCUUCUUUGGGCUUACCUCGGUCGUGUUGAGCUCGAUGACCCUGCCCUCACCAAGGCCAAGUUCCAGGUUGGCCCUAUUGCCCGCGCCCUGAACCAGUCUUUUAACGCCAUCUCUCUGGCCUACGGCAACAUUGGUCCCAUCGCCGGUUCCUACUACGCCAGCCAGCACCUGAUCCAGGCCAUGCCCCCCAAGUCGUCUCCUCUUCUCCAGCUUCCCCACAUCACCCCCUCGAUUGUCAGCGGCAUUGAGGGCGACUCCAAGACCCACAUGUCUGUUCAGAAGUUCAUGGACCGACCGGAUGCUCAGCGACGACAGCUUGCUGUUGGUGAGGGCCUCCUGACCGAGGAGCAGUACAAGACCGCCGUCAAUGUUGCCAAGCAGAUUCCCUACUUCCGUGUCGCCAAGGCUUUCUUCAAGGUUACUGGAGAGCGUUUCAUCAUCCCCUCGUCUCUUGUGUCCCUCGUCAUCAAGGGCCGCUUCAUCCCCCCUGGUACUGAGAACGUCCCCGCUGUUGACGAGCUGGAUCUCGAGGACAUUGAUCCCGCUGAGGACGACAUUGAGGCUCUCAGCGGUCGCAAGAAGAAGGUCAUCAAGGGUCCCGACGGCAAGCCUGUUCAUGUUGACGAGCAAACCAUCCUCCCUCCCCUGACUUUUGCCCCCCACUACGCCCGCGAUCACUCUCCCCAAUGGCAUGCCUUCCUCAGCGACUCCAAGCAGGGCAAGAUGGCAGUCCCUCCGUUCCACUUUGCCAAGUUUGACCAGCCCAUCGUCGACGACAAGGGUAACCCGACUUUCAACAUGCAGACUCUCAAGGCUCAGUUCGCCGCUCCCCCUCAGGCUGGCCACUACACCUUUGUGCUGCACGUCAUCUGUGAUUCUUACGUUGGCUUCGACACCAAGAUGGAGGUGACACUUGUUGUUGAGGAGGCCAGCAAAGCGGCUGAGAUGCAGGCCGAGGACGACAUCAGCGAGCCGGAGGAGGACUCCCUUGCUGGCCAGAUGCACGUUCUCAAGACCGGCCAGACCCCCAAGCCCCGUCGGAGGGUCGAGGAGGACUCUGACGAUGAGAGCGGUACCGAGGAGGAGGACGAUGACACCAGCGCGACAAACACAGAUACCGAGGACGAGUCAUAA